AUGAACAGUAGUCUCGACCAGGGGCAUCAGGUCCUGGCGCUGUACAUAGACUAUAAAAAAGCCUUCGAUACCUUGGAUUAUGAGGUGCUGUUGCGGGCCAUGGAUGAGUGUGGAAUCAGGGGCCCCACAAACAGGUGGUUCUCUGGUGUUGCUGGUAAUGAAGUGGUGGUACAGCUUGGUGUUCCGACUAGUUCAAUCUAUGGUCCGAUUGGCUACGUUAUGCAUGUCAAUAGCGUCAUUAAUGUGGUGAAGAAAUGUCGGGUGUAUAUGUACGCGGAGAAUAUACAAGAGAUCAGGGCUGUACUACAGGCUGACUUCGAUAAUAUUAUCCGGUGGGCUCACGAUAAUGGUAUCAUACUUAACCUUAAUAAGACGAAAGUGAUGCAUCAGUAUUCACCGCACAACUCAAUGGCAAAAAAUGUCAAGAGCGUGGAUAUAGGUAUCGUGGGUCACACGUAUGAGUGUAUGCACAUCAAAAAUGUAAAUUGUGUUUGUCAAAAGCUAGAAUAUGUCAGCAAAUUUAAGUAUCUGGGUCUGUGGAUGGACCGCAACAUGAAUUGGAAAACACAGGUUGACACAGGGUGUACAAAGCUUAGGGCAGUGUUGAGUACUUCACGCUAUCAUAGCCUGCUGUCACAGUACCCUGAAAUCACGCGGCCGUCUGGAGAUCCUGCUGUACGGGAAGUGAAGCACCACACCGUCCAUUUCAUCCACACUACGCCUGGACCACCUGUCUUCUGCCGUCCACGACGCCUAGCACCGGAUCGGCUCCGCAUUGCCAAGCAGGAGUUCGAGGACAUGGUAAGAAUGGGUAUUGCCCGGCGCUCCGACAGUGCAUGGUCCUCACCGUUACACUUAGUACCAAAAAAAGAUAACACGUUUCGUCCAUGUGGCGAUUACCGUGCGCUCAAUGCCCGAACAAUCCCCGACCGAUAUCCGGUUCGCCAUAUAGGUGAUUUUACACACAAUCUUUUUGGCUGCCAAGUGUUCAGUAAAAUCGACCUGGUGCGAGCGUAUAAUCAAAUUCCAAUCGCACCAGAAGAUGUAUGUAAAACGGCAAUUGCUACACCUUUCGGCUUGUUUGAGUUUCCUUUUAUGGGGUACGGGUUAAGGAACUCAGCGCAAACUUUUCAACGAUUCAUGGACGAAAUCCUUAGGGACAUAGACUUCGCUUUUCCCUACUUAGAUGACAUCCUGAUUGCGUCAAAAGAUGAAGCUAAUCACGAGCGUCAUUUGUGUACAGUCUUCGAGCGCCUUCGAGAGCAUGGUGUUGUCAUAAAUACUGCUAAAAGCAUCUUCGGAGUACCAGAGGUGGAAUUUUUAGGCUUCAUGGUCUCAGCUGAAGGUACGAGGCCCACAAAAGAAAAGGUCAGUGCUAUUUUAAAUUUUCCAUUACCUAAAAAUGUACGAGAGCUCAGAAGAUAUCUUGGUAUGUUAAAUUUUUAUCGCCGAUUCCUACCAAACGCUGCUCAAGUACAGACGCCGCUGCAUCUUCUAUUAAAAGGAGAAAAUGUAAAGCCAUCUACGCUCAUUACCUGGAAUCCAAAACUCGAACAAUGUUUCGCAGAAAGUAAGUCAAGUUUGGCAAAUGCCAGUUUACUAGCUCAUCCCGAUCCGACAGCAGAAUUGGCGAUUGUUACGGACGCAUCAGAUACUGCUGUAGGAGCAGUUCUACAACAGAAGAAUGACUCAGACUGGAUACCGUUAGCAUUUUUCUCCAAAAAGCUUAACACAGCUCAAAGGAAGUAUAGCCCAUAUGAUAGAGAGCUGCUAGCUAUGUAUGAGGCAAUAAAAUAUUUUAAAUUUAUGAUAGAAGCUCGAUCGUUUACAUUAUUCACUGACCAUAAACCACUUAUAUCAGCAUUUAAUAAAAAUUCACAGAAUUUAUCACCACGACAAUUUCGAUACCUUGAUUACAUAUCACAAUUUACUACAGAUAUCAGGUAUAUUAAAGGUGACGAUAACAUUGUUGCGGAUACACUUUCUCGGAUAGACGCUAUCUCAAACGUAAUAGACUUACAAAAACUUAAAAUUUCACAAGAAAAGGAUAAUGACCUCGUUAAACUUAUAGAAGGCAAUUCUUCACUGAAGCUGCAGAAAGUUGCCAUUUCUGACUUCGGGAAGAAACUGUACUGCGACAUAUCCGGUACGUCUCCUCGUUUAUAUUUGCCGUUAGAAUUUCGUCGUGAAGCAUUUGAUUCGAUACAUGGGUUAAGCCACCCAGGAGCGAAAGCUACAAUCAAGUUGGUAGCACAACGAUACGUGUGGCCCAGUAUGAAAAAAGACUGUAGAGAAUGGGCACGUGCAUGUAUAGACUGUCAGCGCUCUAAAGUCUUUCGACACACUAGAUCGCCAGUACAACCUUUCUCGCCACCGUCCAAUAGAUUUUCGCACGUGCACAUCGAUUUAAUUGGACCAUUACCUGUUUCGCACGGUUAUAAAUAUUGCUUAACGUGCGUAGACAGGUUCACACGUUGGCCCGAGGUAGUUCCUUUGGAGGAUAUAAAAGCCGAAACUGUGGCUAAUGCCUUUACUCGUGGCUGGAUCUCGCGUUUCGGAUGUCCUCAUAAAAUAACCACGGAUAGAGGAAAACAAUUUGAGUCGCACAUAUUUAAAGAGCUAUCUAAACUCACAGGUUCUCUCCACAUCUCUACCACCGCUUAUCAUCCAGCAGCUAACGGCCUCGUAGAGCGCUUUCACCGACAACUGAAAGGUGCCAUCAUGUGCCAUGCAAAUAAGGACUGGUAUGAAGUUCUUCCGCUAGUUCUUCUAGGAAUACGCUGCGCCUGGAAAGAGGAUAUAGCAGCAUCGGCUGCUGAGUUGGUGUACGGUGAGACGUUACGUUUACCUAGUGAUUUCUUUAUAUCGAGCCUAAAACAAGUCACUGACUACACAGAUUUCGUAUCCAGGUUACGCUCACAUAUAAGAGAGUUAAAACCCUCAAUAGUCGUUCGACAUGGAACCCCAAAUGCAUUUAUUCAUAAAGAUUUGCAUAAGGCGUCGCACGUGUUUCUAAGGCAAGAUGCUAUCAAGAAAGCGUUGCAACCUCCUUAUUCCGGUCCAUUUAAGGUCAUAGAACGCGAUAAAAAAACUUUUAAAAUUAACGUAAAUGGUAAAAUUAUUACGGUGUCUGUUGACAGAUUGAAACCAGCCUAUACUCUCAACGAUUCUACGGAGCCCUCCGAAGAACUACAUAAAGAACCCAGCUCGGCCUACACCACAAAAUCUGGCCGAAAAGUGAAGUUUACGGACUUCUACCGACCGUAA